UCUUCUUCCAAUAAUGAUUUUUCUGACCACAUUCUUAAAGUCCAAUUAAGUCCCAACUACCAAAACUAACCAAGUAUUUGUGCAUAAUUUAUUUUCUAUUGAAAAAACCCACAUGACUAAUCACAUAAUCAUGUGUGACUAUUCACACACGUUUCUCCACAUAUACCACGCUCUGUACGUGUUAGUGACUAGUGAUUAGUGAAGGACUGAAGGUGAUAUUGAGUUCAUAAUCCAUGAAUGAGAUAGUUAAUGUUAUUAAACCUUUUUCCAUGAUUUAUAGUUUGGGUCUUGCUCCAUUGGUAUCAGAAGAGCUUUAUCUAGAUAUUUGAAUUUGUUCUCUAAAAAACAAAUUAAAGGUCUCUACAUUGAUUUUGCCCAUUGGUUUCGGUGAGUUAGUGUCACCAUCAAGGUUGAAGGACUUCUAUACGAGGGUGCACAAAGUAACAUUUUGAAGGAUUUUGCCAAGGAUCCGUAGAAAAGUAGAAGCAACACGGGACAUGCUAGGUGCACCCAGUUGCUGGUGCACCUAGCAAUUUUAUGAAAUGACAAAAUUGCCCUUAAGUUAAAAUUUAAAAAGAAAACGCGAUGUCCCUUGUUUUUUCUUUCACUCCUUUCUGCCUUCUUUCUUCUUGUCUUCGUUUCUUCUUCCUCCGUGCCUGCCAUCUGCCAUUGUUGCGUUGCUGCGAAGCUUCCCUGGUGCCGUUGCUACGUUUCUGCCGUCGAGAUCAUGGUUAGAACACGAGGUUUAGGUCAUGCUUUAGCUAGGGUUACAGGUAGAGGUAGACAUGAUGAGCAUGAUGCAGUCAAUGUUCCCCAGAGGCAUAGGCCUACUGCAUCAGCCCGUAGGCAACGAGUACAUAUUACGGUUGAUGAGGGUGUUCCUCAGGUGACUGAGGAUGUCCCUCAUAUGGUUGACGAUGUUGCUCAGAGGAGUGAAGAUGUGCCUCAGAUGACCGCGAACGUAGAUUCGACUGUUGCAGAGGACUUAGGACGUGAUGGUGCUGAGGGGUCACAUGCUGAUGAGGGAUUCCCUGGUGGGCCCCGUGACCCAUCAGUUCUGACUUCAUUUGCGAAGCAUGUCGCACAUGCCAUUUGGACUGGACAGGAGCAUCCUGAGCUGAAGUUGGUGUCGCACGGGAGGAAGGUGACGUUAAUUGGGAGGCCAGUGCCUGUGAUUGAAGGGUUGGUUGUCGCCACAGGAUUAAGUCCAUUGAUCGAGUGUUCAGUUGUAACCGGCGAUCCUGGACUUAUAUCCGCAUUUGUGGAGAGGUGGCACAGGGAGACCAGCACCUUCUACCUUCCAGUAGGAGAGUUGACGAUCACACUAGAUGAUGUGUCGUCACUCCUCCAUCUCCCUAUCAGUGGCGUCUUCCAUAGCUUCGAGACUCUUUUCGUGGACGGGGCGAUAUUUUUGUUGAUGGAGUUGCUCAGGUGUCUGGUGAGGAGGCUAGAGCCGAGACAGUAUGAGCGCGCGGGGCAUAUAUACGCCUCUCAUGGGUUCGGGAGAUCUAUGAGAUGAGAUGCCAGGCACGACGAUGGAUUGUAGCAGCUCAUGCUUAUCUCCCGCACCUGGUCGGUUGCACUCUUUUUUCUAACAAGAGUGCAACAAAUGUUCACGUGGUGCAUCUAGAGGCUUUUUGCGACUUGGGUCAGAGUGGGGGCUAUGCCUGGGGAGCUGCGGCCCUGGUUCAUAUGUAUGACCAGUUAAAUAAAGCUUCUAGGACCACAACACGGAAAAUUGAGGGGUACCUUACUUUAUUACAGUGCUGGAUCUAUGAGCAUUUUCCGAGUGUGCAUCAAUGUGUCACCGAUGAUGCCUAUGAGGAGAUGUCCCCUCGUGCCUCCCGGUGGCUGACGAUGAAGGCUCAUAUGAAGGGAAUUACAGGAGCACCGUACCGGGCAUGUUGUUAUGCUUUGACUGUCACAGACGUGUGUUGGUUGCCUUACAGUGACCAUCGAGGGGUUAGGGGGUUUGAGCUAAUUUCAUCGUUCCAUGGUCAGCUGAGAUGGGGUCCUACGGUGGUCACAGUUCGACCGGAGAGGGUGCUAUGCUAGUGUGGGUACAUUUAGAGGAUCCCUCCGCCGCCUGUUAGUGCUUCGUUGUCAUAUGAUGAUAUAGAUGACAGAUGGAUGCAUUCCUCGGACCACGUAGUAGUUGUGGGUGACCUUUGUGUAGUGCCUGGGCAGGUAUCUGCGGAUUACAUGGAGUGGUUUUUCAGAUAUCUCACCCAUUCAUGAUACUUACCCAGGCAGGUGACCAGCCCAGACAUGCACCUGGCCCAGACCAUGAGGACUACAUGCAGCCGGACAUCCCACAGGUUCCAGUGGCAUUUGACCCCCUUCGACAUGCAGUGGAUGAUUACGAAGGCUAUGAGACGAUUGCAGAAAGGUUGGAGCGUGUGCUCAACCUUAGGAUGGUCACUACAGGGACAGAGUUACAUGAUAUCAUGUAAGAUUGCAUGAGGAUUGCCAGCGCAGAUGGAAGUGUUAGGGCUCGACAAAGACGGCGCACAGAGCAUUGAUGAUGUUUUUUAUGUUUUGUAGUUGACAUCAUUUUUUGUAUUUGUUACACUUUUUUGUUUAAUAUAGUUUACUUUACUUUUUUUGCACUCUAUAUGGCACACU